AUGCAAGAACUGAAGGGCAAACUAAGUCCCUGCUCCAUCACUUCCUGUCCCAGGUCGCCGCGCCGGACAUUUUCCCCAAGCGCCUUCCUGACACAGCGCGCAAGCGGCCUGGGCCGAAGCUCUCGCAUCCUCCAGGCGCAGCGACCCCGCCCGCCCCGCAGGCGCCAGGGCGUUGCCUGGCAACUUAGCUGCGAGGGGAUUGGCCGCGCGGGACCCCGUGACCAUCCCGGGGAACACGCAUUUCCUGCGGCCCCGGAAGUGGCGGUAAUUCCAGGCCCUGCCCACGGCAGAGGCGGAAGCGGAGUCGCCCUGAGAGGUCUCCAGUCGCUGCAGGCGCCUCAGCCCAGCCGCGCGCCUUGGCCUAUGGCCGCCUACUCCUACCGCCCCGGCCCCGGGGCCGGCCCUGGCCCUGCUGCGGGCGCGGCGCUGCCGGACCAGAGCUUCCUGUGGAACGUCUUCCAGAGGGUUGAUAAAGACAGGAGUGGAGUGAUAUCGGACACCGAGCUUCAGCAAGCUCUCUCCAACGGCACGUGGACUCCCUUUAAUCCAGUGACUGUCAGGUCGAUCAUAUCCAUGUUUGACCGUGAGAACAAGGCCGGCGUGAACUUCAGCGAGUUCAUGGGUGUGUGGAAGUACAUCACGGAUUGGCAGAACGUCUUCCGCACGUACGACCGGGACAACUCUGGGAUGAUUGAUAAGAACGAGCUGAAGCAGGCCCUCUCAGGCUACCGGCUCUCUGACCAGUUCCACGACAUCCUCAUUCGAAAGUUCGACAGGCAGGGACGGGGGCAGAUCGCCUUCGAUGACUUCAUCCAGGGCUGCAUCGUCCUGCAGAGGUUGACGGAUAUAUUCAGACGUUAUGACACGGAUCAGGACGGCUGGAUUCAGGUGUCGUACGAACAGUACCUGUCCAUGGUCUUCAGUAUCGUAUGACCCUGGCCUCUCGUGGAGAGCAGCACGACAUGGAAAGAGCCAAAAUGCCAAAGUUCCUGUCUGUGAGGGAAUGGAGCACAGGUGCAGUUAGAUGCUGCUCUUCCUUUAGAUUUUGCCACGUGGGGACCCAGCUGUACAUAUGUGGAUAAGCUGAUUAAUGGUUUUGCAACUGUAACAGUAGCUGUAUCGUUCUAAUGCAGACAUUGGAUUUGGUGACUGUCUCAUUGUGCCAUGAGGUAAAUGUAAUGUUUCAGGCAUUCUGCUUGCAAAAAAAUCUAUCAUGUGCGUUUCUAGAUGUCUCUGAUUCUAUAGUGGAAAUGCUUUUAUUAGCCAAUAGGAAUUUUAAAAUAAUGUGGAACUUACACAAAAGGCUUUUCAUGUGCCUUACUUUUUUAAAAAGUUUAUUGUAUUCAUUGGAAUAUGUGACGUAAGCAAUAAAGGGAAUGUUAGACGUGU